UGACAGAUGCCUGUGAUUGGCUAGUGUUGCUGUGAUUGACAGGGGAAAGAGUACAGCCAAGUUUGCUCUUUUGGAUGAUUGUGGCAUUGUCAGGACUCGUGAUCUCCUGAUGAUAGAGCCUGAUGAUGGUUCUUCUGUUGCUCCACUCAGGAGCCUGCUGAAAUAUAUGCAAGUCUCAGCCCAUGACUAACUUUGAGGUAAAGGGACCUUUGUAUGCAUUUAAUUUGGGCUAAACUAGAGCUCUUUCAGGUUUCUCAGGAGGUGCUUCACUGAAAUGGAGAGGAGUGUGUUCCAGUGGGUGAGCUGAACUUGGCUUUGUGAUUGUCACCGAGUCAUCACCCGUUCACCCCGCUGUGAGGGCUCUAAUGCUGGAGUUGAGGGAUUGCUAACUCUGCCUAAGGCACUCAGACUUUCCCCUACAGAAACUAUGUUGCUAUCCCUCUCUAUUGUCUGGAUGCGCACCUCUAAUGCAGCAAUUAGAAAACAAUAGUGCAAAAUUAUUGAUGGAAAAAGAAAAAACGGUAUAGUUUAGCUGAUAGAUCUAUUGGUGUUGAUGUUUUCUUGGCAACCAUAUAAGUGGGUGAAAAGUUCAUUUCCCUGUAUCUCAUCAUCUUCAACUCUUACACCAGACUUGCCUAAUUUUUCACCCAUUGUCUAUGAGGAGUUACAUUUCAACAUGGUCGGUUAGACAUUCACAGGUUUGCUGCGUUAGAAUUAUCUCGCUGUUCACAGAGGAGACCAAACCAGAUGGGUCACGAGACUCGUGGGAGAACUACACAGUGCAAUGACGAGCCCCUUAUCAUCGCUGUUGAAGAACCCUGUGCUUGUUGGAGUCGUUUUGGUCACAGGUAUUGGGGGGACGUUCCAUUACGGCUUCCACAUUUCUGUCCUCACCGCACCGUCAGCCUACAUUAAAGAACUGGUGAACAGCACAUGCGUGCAGAGAUAUGGCCUCUCUCUGGAGCACUGGCAGCUCUCGCUUAUCUGGUCCUUCAUUGUCUCCACGUACUGCAUCGGGGGUUUGUUAGGCUCCCUGUGUGUCGGGCGCAUUGCUGUAACCUACGGCAGGAAGAGAUGCCUCAUGCUGAACAACGUGGUGGCCAUCUGUGGAGCCUUGCUGAUGGUGCUGAGCAAAUCGGCACACUCGUUCGAGAUGAUCAUGGUGGGACGCCUCGUCUACGGCAUCAACUCAGGCGUGGCUCUGACGGCCCACACCAUGUAUGUGCUGGACUGCUCCCCCAAAAAUUUAAGAGGUAUGAUCGGAGCGUCUGUGGGCAGCUUUGUCUCACUGGGGAAGUUUUUCGGCCAGCUGCUCGGCAUCGGUGAGAUAUUGGGAACAGAAACAUUGUGGCCCUUCUUGCUGGCCUUUAGUGCCUUGACUGCUCUUCUGCAGUUUGUCUCUCUGUACUUCCUGCCCGAGUCUCCACGCUUCCUGCUCUUAGACCGGGGAGACAAAUCUGCCUGUGAGAAGGCUCUGCAGCAGCUGCGAGGUCCUCAUGCUGACAACAGAUUAGAGGUGGAGGAGAUGCUGAAGGAGCGUGCGGCCCUGCAGGGUGUGAGGAACCACAGUGUGCUGGAGCUCCUGCUCGCCCGCUCCGUCCGCUGGCAGCUACUCACCGUCGUCACCAACUUCAUCACACUGCAGCUGUGUGGCAUCAACGCUGUUUAUCUGUAUGCGACUGAUGUGUUCCGCGCAGCAGGAAUCCCAGCACACAACUUACGCUAUGUGACUAUGGGGACGGGGUUGUGUGAAUUCUCCACUGCAGUCAUCUCUGGGUUGGUGAUUGAGCACACAGGGAAGAAGUUACUGAUGGUUCGGGGUUAUGUGGGCAUGUCUGUUGCACUGCUCCUCCUCACACUCACGCUGUACCUGCAGGUGCACGUGUCAUGGAUGCCGUACUGCAGCAUGGUGCUCAUCUUCGUCUUCAUCAUCUCCUUCUGCAGCGGACCAGCUUGUAUAACGGCGCCCCUGCCUGGUGAGCUUUUCACCCAGUCCUUUCAGUCAGCAGCGUUCACUGUGGCCUGCACUCUGAACUGGGCGGGGCUCUUCUUCGUGGGAAUGGUGUUUCCUCUCAUAGUGGAGCAUUUAGACUAUUUCUGCUUCCUCAUCUUCUUCGCGUUCUGCUUUUCCACCGCUUUGUUCGUGUGGUUCAACGUACCCGAGACGAGGAACAAAUCCCUAAUGGAGAUCACCGCCGAGUUCGAGAGGAUGCACAGCAAAGCAAAACACUCAGAGACCAAACUCCAAGCUCUGCAAGAUGCACACACGCAGAUUGGACAGUGCACCAGACUCUGAUUUCUGAACUGAUUUCACAAACUGUAAACGUAUGUAGGUGGUUUAGAAGGCAGAUCAAUAAAACACUAUAUGCUUUGAGUGCA